AUGGACAUAUCUGAUACACGCUCGAACCUCUCUCUAAGGUUUAAUGUCCAUUCCAUUUCUGACAAACAUGAAGCAUAUGGACCUGUUCGAACCCCCAUUGCUGAUGAUUCAAUUUACUUUCAACUCGAUUCGAGCUUUUCCAAUGAUCAGUCAUCGAAUUCUGCUUCCUCGAUACCAUUGCAGCUGCUUGAGCAAUCUGAUUACGGCAAUUGUGUGGAAGACACAGAAGUGGAGGAACAGACAGAAGAAGAAUUCAGCAUAUUGGGUUACCCCAUGUGCUUGAAGAGAAGAAGAGAGAGGGAGGGCUCUGUGGUUUCUGCUCAGAAAAGGCAGCAACAUGAAUCAUGUUCACCAUCGCCUAUGGAUUUAGAAGCCAGGAGAAUGGCAAUUAGGGCUUGGGGAAAGCAACCUUUAGCCACGAUUGAUCCUGAUCUAUGGGCUCUCAUGGAGAAGGAGAAGCAGAGACAAUGGAAAGGAAUUCAGAGGGUUUCCGAGAAUUUUGUGUGUCAAGCUGUUCUAGAAGCUUUAGGGAGUCACCUUACGAACAAGUACUCAGAGGGUUUGCCUGGUUCUAGGUAUUAUGGGGGAAACCAAUUCAUCGAUCAAAUCGAACUUCUCUGUUGUGAAAGAGCGCUAGCUGCUUUUUACUUGGAUUCUGAGAAAUGGGGUGUUAAUGUUCAGGCCUAUUUAUGUACUUCUGCAAAUUUUGCAGUAUAUACAGGCCUUAUUUUUCCUAAAGAUCGAAUCAUGGGCCUUGAUUCUCCAUCUGGUGGUCAUUCGAGUAAUGGGUAUUACACACCAGGUGGCAAAAGCGUAUUUGGUUCUGCUACAGGAAAUUUUGCAGCACUGAGUACGCUGCUUUGUGGAUUGAAGAUUUUCACUGGGAGGAAUAUGGGAUGUAGCUGUACAAUUAAAUGUGAUCAGAUGGUGCAAAAAGGAACAGAGAGUCCCUUGGAACUCCAGUCCUUAUGGUUGCAGGUGAUGGAUUUGGAAGCUGCAGUCUCGGUCUCUUUCUCUCAUAUUUAUCGGGAAGUCAAUAGUGUAGCUGGCUUCCUAGCUAAGGGGGUUACUUCUAUUCCGUCUCUUAUUGUCUCUGAUUAUGUAAUUUCCUUUUCGUAG